AUGGAGCGUGUCCCCGUGUCAACGUGCAGCACAUACAAAAAUGUGCAGGAGUGCUGGUCUGCACAGGAUCCAUACUGUGUCUGGUGUGACUCUAAGAGUUGCACAUUUGAAGAUGACUGCAAAGAUUCAGACUGGGUGUCCAUUCCUGAUGAUUACCAGCAGAAAAUGGUUUCCCACAAUGUUGCUAAGGACUCCACCGGCCAGAUCACACUUAACAUCCUGACACACCUGACUGCGGGCGAGAAGGCACGGUCCAACUUCGCCUGUCAGUUCCCUGUGAGUUCCAGAGAGCUUUGUAGGAAGAAUGAGUUUCCUCCACAGUUCCCACAAUGCAUCUGCAUCCUCUCUGAGAACAUACUUCCUGCCGAAGGCCUGGCAGUCAGUGUAAGAAUUAGACUUGGCACAUUGACCUUAUUGGAACCACUGACGCUAACCAACUGCUCUGAGAUCAGAGGACCGCCAACUUCUGUCUUGUGUCAGCAGUGUAUCAGGGCUGGAUGUGGCUGGAGCAAAAACCACUGUUCCUGGGCAAAUCAGGGAGUGAGGAAUGAAAGUGUUUGCCAAAUGAUGGGGUCAGGGAUGAACUUUUCUAGGCCAGAGAUCUCCUCCAUCACUCCCAGUGUCGUGUCUUUCUACGGCAGAAACCAUGCAGUGUUGAGCGGUCAUAACCUCAAUGAUGUGACCAGAGUGAGGAUCCAGACUGACGACUGCUCUCCACGAGAUGGGAAGAGGAAAAUCACACUAAUGGGAAUCCACCUUGAGUUUGUGGAGAGGGUCACACACAGCCACGCCCCGCAGGAGGUUCAGACUUCCCAGAACAGCAACUUUCAGUACGUAGCACCGGGACUGUACACUCAGCUCAGUGACUCAGACCUGACUACUGGUUCGCCGAGGACUCUGACCCACGAAGAGGUUCAUGAACGUGACGGUGCUCCACUGCCCGCCGAGGUUGGAUGA